UGCAGCCCAUAAAGUUUAUCGAAGGCAAUCCUAAAAAUUCACCAGCCAUUUCAAAUGUAAGAAGUCAAUAUGUAAACGAAGACAGUUUAAAAGAUGAGAAUAAUGAACCCAUGGGGGAUAAUCAAAAAAUUACAAGAGACUUCAAUGAUGAAGUUCCACUGAACCAGCAUGCUUUGCCGGAGUCCAACAACGUAGAUAAUACGUAUACUGGCUCAAAUAUGAGGAACGUAAACCAUCAAUACAGUGAAAAAAAUAUAAACAUACAAAGUGAAGAAGACGGUGCUAAAAAUUUUAAUGUUGAAAGUGAUAAUCAACAAUACAAACGUCCUUUAACAGAUACAUUUAACCAUAACAAAGUAUAUCAAAAGGAAACUAGACUCAAACCUCCAGAAAAGGUUUUCAAUAACGCACAACUUAAUCCAGAGUCAGAAAAUCAAAACGUGCAGUAUAAACAAGAAGGUGAUAUAAAAGAAAAAAAUUUGGCUGUAGGAAAUUAUCCUGAUAUGAGUGAUUAUUGGACAAAUUCAGAAAAACAACAAAUUCAAAAAGGUAUAGAAAAAGCUCAGGUACAAGAUACUGAAGACAAAGCAAAAGCAAUUGUAAUGGCUAUGAACAUUAAGGAAGUGAAUGAACAACCGACGGAAGUCAAGGAAAAAGGAUUUGAAAACGUUGAUAGCAUAACAAUAGAGAGUGAAACAAAGCCUAAUAGUUGUUAUGGUGUUGAAAAACGUCUGGAUGAACAAAAAUUGAGAAACAACUCUAGAGAAGUAAUUGGUAAUGUUGAGUUUGACGUUUGCUGCGGUGGAGAAUGUAAAAAGCCUAAUAAUAAUAAUAUUAACAAUAACAAUAAUAAUAACAAUAACAAUAACAAUAAUGAAAUUAAAGAGGAAUUUGAAUCAAACCUUCAAAAGUUAUACACACAAGAAAAAAACAAAAUCAAACAAAAACUCCCAUCCAAAUUUUCAAGUAUUAUUUUGGAACCGAAAAGUCGAGGCUAUCCCAACUACCAAUUUAGACAGUACCAGAUACCCAUUGAUUCACCCAGAGUAAAUGAUGUACAACCAAAUCACCGCCAACAAUAUCCUAAUAAUUAUGAAAUAAAUAAUGCUAAUAAGAAUGUGCCAAAUCAAGAUAUUCAGACUUCUGCGGAUGAACAAAAUAAUAUGGGCACAAAUGAGAACAAUUCUGAGGAAGCCUCUCCUCCAAACGAUAACAAUAUUGAUCCGUACUCUAACAAUACUAAUGUGAAACACAUAAUUUUAAUAGACACUGGAGAUAGUGAUGUAAAUCAAUCACAAUAUAAUACUUUAUAUGAACCUGCAACUGAAGAUCCGAAUCUGGAAGAAAAUGAGCGACUUCAGAAAGAAUUAAUAGAGGAAUCUAUUGAAGAAGUAUUACCUUAUUACAAGCCCACUCGCUAUAAAGGAAAUAAAUCAUACAAUAAAAGAAUGGUACAAAUACCUCCGAGAAUAUAUAGAACUCAUGGAAUUCAUGUAAAGGAGCCUAAUCAUCCAAACACAGAUGUGGAUUUGUUGUUGGAGGAUCUUAGGCUAGCUGCUAAGGAAAUUAAAAAGCAUUCUCAAAAUAAAGUGAAUACCAAAUUUUUUGAAAAAAAAGAUGCUAAUAAUAGUAGUAAUAGUAGUAAUAAUUUUGACAAUAUGCAGUCAACAAAAAACCUUGAUGUUUCACAAAAUCACAACAUGAAUGAUACUGAAGACAAAGAUGCAAAAUUAAAUCGCAUAUCAAAAACAUUAAAAUCUCUAUUAUCAGAAGAGAAUUCUAAAUUGGAAGAAAAGAAGAUGUAUUUAAAAAGACAGCUGAAAAGUAUUCAAGAAAACAAAGAGGAAGAUGACUUUGAACUUUCAAUUAACCCGUUUACUUCACAUAUGCCCAAUGUUGACGAAAGCAAAAGUAAUCCAAAGAAAAUUCGUGCCGAAGGUGAUUAUGGCGAAGAAGAAGAUUCCACCAAGACGAAAACGCACAACGAAAAACUUGUCAAGAAGACCAAAAACAAAUUCGCAAAUCCUUCAAAUCCUACAGAUGAUGCAGCUGAGUACUUGGAUGACGAAAUAAAUCCUUCUCAAUUAAUAACUGGAGAAAUGAAGUUCCUGAAAUUGCUUGAUCCAGUGAGAUACUGAGAGCAACCGUGACAAAAUGAAAAAUUAGUUCCAAUGAGCAGUCAUAAGGAUAACAACACAGUCUAUAGCAAUUAGUAUAACAAACAAUUACCUACUUGGCCCAAAACCACUUUAUAUUUUUAUUUAAUUUAUACUGUAAACUUUUUAUAUUUAUUAAAUAUUAUUGUAUUUUAUUA